AUGGCCGCCGGCAAGGACACCACGAAAGGCAAGAAAGCCGCCCCCAAGGGCACCAAGCAGGCAAAUGCUGCUGCCAAGGCUGCUCUCAAGGGCUCGCACUCGCACAAGCAGCGCAAGGUCCGGUUGAGCACGUCUUUCCACCGACCCAAGACCCUAGUCGUCUCCCGCGCUCCCAAGUACCCCCGGAAGUCGAUUCCCCAUCUGCCUCGUCUCGACGAGCACAAGAUCGUCAUCCACCCCCUCAACACUGAGAGCGCCAUGAAGAAGAUGGAGGAGAACAACACGCUCGUCUUCAUCGUCGACGUCAAGGCCAACAAGGCCCAGAUCAAGCAGGCGCUGAAGAAGCUGUACGACAUCGACACCGUCAAGAUCAAUACCCUCAUCCGCCCCGAUGGUUCCAAGAAAGCCUACGCCCGUCUUACCCCCGACGUUGAUGCUUUGGACAUUGCCGCGAACAAGCUGUCUCUGGUGUAA